CUCCCUGCUUCAAGAUGGCCUCGUCGUUUUGGAAAGGUGUUGUCGGCGUCGGACUUUUUGCCUUAGCUCACGCAGCUUUCUCAGCGGCACAGCAUCGGUCAUACAUGCGACUCACAGAGAAGGAAAACGAGACGCUACCAAUUGAUAUUGUAUUACAGACCCUACUAUCCUUUGUGAUGACCUGUUAUGGGAUUGUCCACAUUGCUGGAGAGUUCAAAGACAUGGACGCCUCCUCAGAGCUGAAAAACAAAACAUUUGACACACUGAGGAACCACCCGUCCUUUUAUCUUUUCAAUCACCGGGGUCGAGUGCUAUUCCGCACGCCGGAGGAGGAGCCCUCCUCUGUACGCAACCAGCACGCUCUUCCCAACCCCAUACGGCUACGCAAGCUGGAGCAUUUGCACUGAGACUGGCCUUUCCUGCCUGUAACAUCAUUAAUGUCAGAUAAAGAUUUGCUUUUGUUAGACAGAGGGGGAAAGUGAGAAUUCAUCGUCCUCUCCUUUAAUUUGUAUUGGUACAUAAACUAAUAUGCUGUCCGAACAUGCUUCUCUGUCCAGAAAAAGUGGUCACCACCAUAUUCAACACUGACUGUGCCAACCCUUCAAUUUUUCAAGCCGAUUUGUUUGUAUAUAAAGUAUGUAAUUGCUUUGGAGUCUUAAGAUACAGAGACAUCUCCCCUUUCUGUCCCCUCUGAACUGAACUGGGAUAUCGCUGUCCUUUGUAUAUUCUUUGUAUGAGGGGCACUCUUACUGUUCCAUUUCACACAUCAGUCCUCAGCAGCUGUCUGGGCAAAACCUUGCCAUCUGAGCGAAGUCUUGUUGUAUGAACUUAGGACCCUUUAUUUCCUUGACGAUUUCCUGGAAGCGUAAAGGCUCAUUUGUACAUCCUGUAUUCAUCAAAGAGUUUUGAGUUAUGACGCAGGAAAUCAAGUCGAGGUGAGAUGUGAGAACAGAAAACAUUAGGCGGCCGCUUUAAUGAUACUGUGAACACUACGGCGAAACAGAAAGCAAUGAUACAGGCAUUUGGGUGAAGUUUUUUUCCUUCGUUUGACAUUUUAAGAUUCAACAUGUUUUUAAUUUAAUAAAAUGCAUACUGAUU